AUGUUUUCAUUGUCAAAGCUGGCAAUAUUGCCAGUAUUGUUCGCUUUGGUCAUAGCAGAUUUUCCUUUGGAUUUCGAUGAGACAUUUUUACAACUUGAAAGAGAAGAUUCCGAUACAGUAUAUCGUUUACCCGAGGAUUUGGAUCCUAUUCAUUAUGAUAUAGAAGUAACGCCAUAUUUUGAAGCAACCGCAAAUAAAGAUGCUUUCACUUUUGACGGGGAAGUUACAAUUUAUGUUAGGGCUACCAAAAACGGCAUCAACUCCUUGAUAGUUCAAGAAAAUGUUCGUGAAAUAAUAUCGGUCACUCUUACCGAUAAAGCAGGAACACCUAUUGCCGUGAACGCGUCAAAUCCUUUUGAACGUCUUAGACAGUAUCACUUCUUGAAAGUUAAUUUACAAGAUGGUGUGACAUUAGAGAACGGUAGUGUUUAUAAACUGACUAUAGUUUACUUAGGAAACAUUAACGAAACGCCCUUGUCUAGAGGUGUCUUUAGGGGAAGUUAUAGAGGAAACGAUGGGAGACUACACUGGUAUGCAGCGACACACUUGCAGCCAACUAACUCUAGACAAGCUUUCCCAAGUUUCGACGAGCCUGGAUUUAAGUCAACUUUUAAUAUCACCAUCAAUCGUCCAGCUCACUUCACAACCAGUUUCUCCAACAUGAGGAUUGCAGAAACCAUACCCAUGGGUGACCGAGUAAAGGAAAUCUUCAACACAACACCACGGAUGUCAGCUUAUCUUGUGACGUUCCAUAUAAGUGAAGAAUUUACAGUAAUAGCGGAAAACAAUGACACUGCAAGAUCUUAUCGUAUCCUUGCACGCCCAAAUGCUCAAGGACAAGGAGCAUACGCCUUGGAAGUUGGACCACCGCUAACCCUUUGGCUCUCGGAAUAUUUAGGGAUUGAUUACUAUGCGAUGGGAGAAGAUAUGAAAAACGAUCAAAUUGCUACUCCUGACUGGGCUUCUGGUGCUACGGAAAACUGGGGCCUAGUUUCUUACAGAGAGGUUCGACUACUUUACGAAGAAGGUGAAACUAACGUCCUGGACAAAAAAAGUGUUGCAACUAUCACAGCUCAUGAAUUGGCUCAUAAAUGGUUUGGAAACCUCGUCACUUGCAGAUGGUGGAAUAAUGUUUGGAUCAACGAAGGUUUCGCUAGUUAUUUUGAAUAUUUUGCUAUGAAUGGGGUAGACCCUUCAAUGGAAUUAGAAGACCAAUUCAACGUAUUUUACCUACAAAGCGCUCUAUCAACCGACGCUUCAGCAUCAACCAGGGCUCUACAGCAUACCGUGAAUUCUCCGGCACAAGUAACGGGACACUUCUCCGGUAUAAGUUAUACUAAAGGCGCAUCUCUAUUACAAAUGCUGAAACAUUUUGUCACGGAAAACACCUUCAGAAAAGCUUUAAAUUACUUUUUAGUUGACAGGUCAUAUGAGCACGCUUUUCCUUCGGAUCUCUAUAACAGUUUUGCUAGAGCUGUAGCAGAAGAUUCCGUCUUGGAUAGCGGCGUCAAUAUAACUGAAUUUAUGCGUUAUUGGGUUGAAGAACGUGGAUAUCCAGUAUUGAAUGUUGAUGUUGAUAUGAAUACUGGAUUAAUUACCCUAAAUCAGGAGCGUUUCUUCAUCAGUGCCUCUGCAGAACCCACUAAUCAAGUUUGGCCACUUCCAUUGACGUUUACAACUGGCAAUAAUCCUAACUGGAAUAACCUUCGACCAUCUCACGUGAUGAAUAACAAGACAUAUCAAAUACAAAAAGAGGCCGGCCAUGAAUGGGUCAUUUUCAACGUGCAGCAAAAGGGUAUUUAUCGAGUUAAUUACGACGUGCACAGUUGGGAAAUGCUCGCCAGUGCCCUAAAACAAAAUCGAGAGAGCAUACAUCACUUGAAUAGAGCUCAGAUUGUUGAUGACAUUUUUGCGUUAAUGAGGUCAGAAAGGAUGACGUACAGGCUUGGUUUCCAAGUUUUAGAAUUCUUAAAAUCUGAGACGAACUUCUUCGUUUGGUAUCCAGCAAUUAGUGGAUUUACGUGGCUAAGGAAUCGGUUCUUGCACUUGCCCGAUACGUUGGACGAUUUUGAUGCAAUACUUUUAGAAUACUUAGAAGCGGUAAUCAACGAACUUAAAUAUGACGUAAAAGCAGACGAGCCCUUAACAACUACUCUAAAUCGAUUGUACGUUUUGGCGUUUGCUUGCAACAUCGGCCACGAGGGUUGCGUGAAUGAUGCGAUAGAGAAAUACAAGGCUUUGACAAAUAACGGAGUAAGCGUCAACCCUAAUUUGAGGAGGCACGUAUUCUGCGAAGGUGUUCGUGACGGUGACUAUGCAGCAUGGCGGUUCCUGUACCAACGAAGAAUUAACUCCAAUAAUCAAGCUGAUCAAGUGGUCAUGCUCAGAGCUUUGGGAUGCACGAAGAACGAGCAAGCUAUAAAAGAGUUUCUAGAAAUGGUCUUGAGUGACGAUGUCAAAGCACAGGAUAGAUUAAACGCUCUGACCUUCCUUUAUGCUGGCGAUCGGAACAAUGCUAAGGUGGCUCUGCAAUUUAUAAAAGAAAGGAUCGAAGAUAUUAGAAAAGCAGUCGUUUUGCCAACUUGGUUCCAAAGCGUCCUCAGUAACUUGGCGAGUUACUUAGACGAGGAAGGUCUUCAGGAUAUGGAAGCUUGGCUUCGAGCGAAUCAGUCGAACAUUCCAGAAUUCCAGACUGGAUUGAAUGCGAUCGCUUCUGCCCGAGCUAAUAUGCAAUGGGGCACAGAUAGAGCUGAUAUGAUACUAAAAGCGGCAAGAGGUUCAGCCGUUACAGUAUUACCUACCGUCAUGUUGUUGUUGACGACAUCUAUUGCAAUAAUGAUAAGAUAG